GAAAACGACAGCGCGUGCUACGUCCGAGACAGACAUAUCAACCAAAGGACAAAAGCUCGAGCAAAAAGUGCGUCGUGAUACAGCUCGGCACUAAGGGCAAGCAAGGCUUCAUCAACACAGUCUUUAUUGUGUUCAAUCCAAGGGCUAGGUUGUGUGUGUGUGCUCAAGACAGUGCGCAUCCGAGCCUUCCAUUAGGCAAGAAUUGUUCUGUGACCUAAGCCAGCGUUUCUAAGUAGUCUUCGUUAGUGCCAGCUCUUCGACAGAUCACCACGAACGACCUGACGUCAUUCAACAUUUUUGAGUGUCUACUCGUCCAAAGGGCAGCCCUGAACUCUGCUUACGUGUCUCGACCCCACUGAGUGCUCGCCAACCCCAACGUGAACAUAAAACGACCGGAGGCAUACCAUAUUGUGAGCAAUCUGUGCCAUUGUUACCAUUGGUUACCGCUCCGGCAAAACGCAUCGAUGUCUGUCGAAAUGUGUUGACGGGCUCUCACAUAAGCCUCGCUGAAGACGCGACAUUACAGCUUCACUUCCACGGCGCAUUGUGUUCGAUCUCGCGAGACCGGGCGUGAAACGUGUAAAGUGUUCGCGCACGACAUGACCACAACGGAACUGAUGGCGGAAGCGAUUCAACUUCUUUUCCUGUCCCCGCUGUCCACCUUCUCCGUACUCGUGUGGCUGGCAGCGCUGCUGCUGCACGCUCUGUCGCCGCGCCUGGAGCCCCGCGGAUCGAGGCCUCGGCUGGUCGCUCGCGAGUCGGACUUCUCCCGCUUCCUGGCCACGGCGAUUCCCGCGCUGACGCAAGCCUACGCGCCGCCGGCUUGGGCGCGGCACCCGACCGUCCAGUCGCUGCUCGCGGCUACGGUGUUGCGGCGAUCCACAGAGGUGCCCUUCUUCAGGACACAUUUGCAGCUCCGUGACCGGGGUCUGGUGGCCCUGGACUGGGCGGGCAGCACACCAUCUGCACAGCCGGCCAACCCGGACGAGGUGCUGCUCAUCGUGCUCGUUCUGCCCGACCUGGGCCGGGACCCGUGCAGCGUGGGCGACACCUGCCGAGCCAUUUUGGCGCGGGGCAUGAGGGCCGUGGUGCUCACACAGCGGGGACAUGCCGGGUGUCCACUCACUACGCCUAGACUGCAGGCGUACGGUGACCCCGGAGACCUACGGCAAGUGGUGAGGUUCCUGCGCGGCCAUUACGGUCGCUGCCGUGUCGCCGUGUUAGGUAUCGGAACGGGCGCCGACUUGCUGCUAGCCUAUUUGGGAGACACCGGAUCCUCAUCGGGUCUACUCGCAGCCGUCGCCAUCUCGCCGCUCUACGAGCCCGAGAAACUGCUCGAACAGUCGCCCUGGCCGAUCGGCGUACUCCGCCGUCGAGCCCUGCAGCGCGUUGUGGCGGAGCACGGCGGCGUUCUCUGCCGGGCCGGCUACUCCUCGAGCUCAGCGACGUCGGCGGCCGUGGACGUGGAGGGGGCCCUGUCGGCCACCAGCUGGAUGGACGUCGAACAGAAGGUGCUGUGGCCCGCGUGCGGCGCCAGCAGCGCCGCGCAGUACUGGGAGCGCAACGCGCCGCUGCGAGACGCCGACGACAUCGCGACGCCGCUGCUGUGCGUGUCCAGUGCGGACGACCCCGCGGUGCCGCAAUGGGCACUCCCCAUGGAUAUCUUCCAGAUUGACCCGCAACUGGUGUUGCUUCUCACCGAGCACGGUGGCCACGGCGGUUUCGUGGCGGGCCUUGGCUCUUCCUCGCCGACAGCACCCCGGUCGUGGGCGGACGGCGUGGCACUGGACUUCAUCGCGGCAACCUUGGACUUCACGAGCCGUGACGGACGGUUACGCAAGUGCGCCACCCGAUGAACCCCGUCUGAACAGUCCAAUGACAUCGUCCCGUGCUUGAGCACUCCCCAGCCAGAAGUGCAUGCUGGCGUUGUGUACCAGGACGUUCUCCGCCAGCUCAGAGAUUGCCUCGUCGUUGCCAUGCCAACGCGUGACCAAGAUUCUACGCGUCAUGACCGGAAAACCACGAUGGUUCACACUAGGGCGAUUUCAAAUGUCUCCUAAUCCAAAAUCAGGGAACACCCGUUAAGAAUCUCAAGAAGUUCAGUGAGAUUACCCUGUGAAACUUGGUGACGAACUCCUUAAGGGUUCAUGCGAAUGUCUCACAAACUAUUUUGCGGUCUAAAGAAAUCCGAAGCCUUGCAGCAGGGGCAUGAGACUUGUGAGAAGGUUGGUUCAGGGAACAGCACGGAAAAUACGAAGACGACGUAGAGGCACCAACGAGACGCCACGCGACCCUGCGUCUUCAUUUUUCGGUGCUGUUCUCUGGAUCGAGAUGUCCAGUCAAAUAGCCAAAAGACUCGCUUUCUGAGAAGACUGUUGCGAAGGUCCACAAUUUGUUGUUGCUCCCAGUCGGAGCACCACAAUGGGUUGUACAUUAUUCAUGAAGGUGAUGGCUAUCCAUAAGCUUAUUUUUGAAAUCUAUAUAUAGUAUCACUAAAGGAGAGCCAUCAGCAUCCUCAUCAGCAUCCACAUAAGCACAUUCGCUUAGCUUUGAGGCGUACUCGUUGAAACGCAUUGUUGUACAGACGUGGCCUACAAGGCUUUUGUGCAUUGUUCCUUUUGCAUGAAAUUUUCAGAGCUCUAAUAUCGUAGCAUUGACAAUUCAUGUAACUUCGUGCAUCUUAAUUUUAUGUAACACAACGUGACACGGCGUAUAACCUGCGAUUUACUGCCUCCGAGCCUUUUUUUUUCCCUUUCGCUGCUUAACAAACGCUUUGUUUGUACACCCUAACAAGGCUCAUGACUGUUAUUGUUAAAACUGCAAAGAACUGUAACCAUUGAAAAGAGUAUAUAAGACAAAAAUCUAAAUCUUGCUAGUUUUUGUAGAUUUUUAAAUUUUUUACAAGUAUCCUAUAGUCCUUGAACAGCACAUUGAGUAAAGGAGGAAGUAUGGUC